AUGCGCAGGAAAUUUCUCACUCGGACGCAUUAUAGUCUGUGUGUGAGAGCCUUCCGUUCUCAAAAACAACAGCUGCUAUAUAUAUUUUUUUCACACUCCUGUAUCUAAACGUCAGUGAUAAUGCGUGAGUGCAUCUCCAUCCAUGUUGGUCAAGCUGGGGUCCAGAUUGGUAAUGCCUGUUGGGAGCUGUAUUGCCUGGAACAUGGCAUUCAGCCAGAUGGGCAAAUGCCCAGUGACAAGACAAUUGGAGGAGGCGAUGACUCCUUCAACACUUUCUUCAGUGAAACUGGAGCUGGAAAACAUGUCCCGAGAGCCGUGUUUGUGGAUCUGGAACCAACAGUGAUUGAUGAAGUGCGUACAGGAACGUACAGACAACUUUUUCACCCAGAACAACUUAUCACUGGCAAAGAAGAUGCCGCCAAUAACUAUGCUCGUGGGCAUUACACUAUUGGGAAGGAAAUCAUUGACCUUGUUUUGGACAGGAUUCGUAAACUGGCUGACCAGUGCACAGGUCUCCAGGGCUUCCUUGUCUUCCACAGCUUUGGUGGUGGUACUGGGUCUGGUUUCACUUCCUUGUUGAUGGAACGCCUCUCUGUUGACUAUGGAAAAAAAUCUAAGCUGGAAUUCUCCAUCUACCCCGCUCCCCAAGUGUCCACAGCUGUUGUUGAGCCUUAUAAUUCUAUCCUGACCACUCACACCACACUUGAGCACUCAGACUGUGCCUUCAUGGUAGACAAUGAAGCUAUCUAUGACAUCUGCCGCAGGAACCUUGACAUUGAGCGCCCCACCUACACCAAUCUAAACAGACUAAUUAGUCAGAUUGUAUCAUCCAUCACAGCUUCUCUGCGCUUUGAUGGGGCUUUGAAUGUUGAUCUGACCGAGUUCCAGACCAACUUGGUGCCUUACCCACGUAUCCAUUUUCCCCUGGCCACAUAUGCACCUGUCAUCUCAGCUGAGAAAGCUUACCAUGAGCAGUUAACUGUGGCAGAGAUCACCAAUGCUUGCUUUGAGCCAGCCAACCAGAUGGUCAAAUGUGACCCUCGCCAUGGCAAAUAUAUGGCCUGCUGCUUACUGUAUCGUGGUGAUGUUGUGCCUAAAGAUGUCAAUGCAGCAAUUGCCACUAUCAAAACAAAGCGCUCCAUCCAGUUUGUGGACUGGUGCCCUACUGGUUUCAAGGUAGGCAUUAACUACCAGCCACCAACUGUGGUACCUGGAGGCGAUUUGGCCAAGGUCCAGAGGGCUGUGUGUAUGCUGAGCAAUACCACUGCUGUUGCAGAGGCUUGGGCCCGCCUGGACCACAAAUUUGACUUGAUGUAUGCUAAACGGGCCUUUGUCCAUUGGUAUGUUGGUGAGGGAAUGGAAGAAGGGGAGUUUUCAGAGGCACGUGAAGAUAUGGCUGCCCUUGAAAAAGAUUAUGAGGAGGUGGGGGCUGACAGCAUAGAAGGAGAGGAAGAAGGUGAAGAGUAUUAGACCAAAGUGGUGCAAUACCAGCAUGACCUGAUUCUUAACUUUACCACUUACUGUUUUAUUUUAUUUCAGCUUUUGGACUCUGUGGUAGUGAUUAGUGUGACCUUUUAGCAUUGCUGACUUACUGUGUGUUCAUCUUGAUUUUACAACUCCAUUUUCAGUUUUAAUUUCAUGUUUGAGGGUUUAGAAGGAAGUCCACAGGGUAUCCGUGCAGUUAACGAGUAGUUUUAAAAGGAGACUGAUGUCUGAAGGAUGUUGUCAUCUUGAAUGAGCACCACUUGUAGUAACGGGCUGAACUGAAAGUCGUUUCACAAUAAUUCCAUACUGUCUAAUUCACAUUUCUCUUUCUAACACCACUGUACAUGUCAAUGUUUUUUACUUGUCAACUCAGUGUUAUCUGUCCUGUUUUGCAAUAAAUGUAAACCUUAUUUAACAGCA